UGACCAGUGCACGUCAUCUCUGUCCCGCUCCUGACGUCGUCGCCAACCGGAAUAAAAUGUGAUUUCUCGGGAUUGUAACGACUCUGCGACUCUUCGGGUGGAUUCUUCUUCUUCUUCAUGAAGCUGGGAACCCGGUCUGAACUGAAACCAUGAUGAAAUGGUUCUCCAGCGAGGAGGGAGAGCCCGGCUCUGUUGGCCCGGGCUCUCCCCGCGGCGCCGCCGGUGGUGGAGAGGUUGCUGUGGAGGAAAUGGCAGAGCGGCUCACCCAAACCGAGCAGCUCGUCGCUCAGCUGAAGGAGUUGAUCCGGGAGAAGGAUGCAACACUUCGCUCCAAAGAUGACCAACUGAAGGUGGAGAAGGAGACGUGUGAGGCCAAACUGUCGAAGCUGCGUCUCCAGAACAAGGCCAAGGUGACCUCGCUCAAUACACAGCUGGAGGAGCUGAAGAAACAACAGGGAGGUCAGGGCACGCCAACACACGGCAAAAAGGGCUCAUCAGAUGGAAGUGGAGAGCAAGCCAAUCGGGGAAAGAUCGUCCUGCUGAAGAAGAAGGUUGAAGAGCUGGAACAGCAGCUCGCACAACGAGUGGAGGAACUGGAGAACAAGAGGAGGGAGGUCGAGUCACAGCGGCAGCGAGGCGAGGAAAUGGACGCUAUGCUGCUGGAGAGGGACAGAAAGCUGGCAGAGAAAGAGGCAUACAUUGUCCACCUGCAAAUGGGGUUGGCAGGAGAUCAGCCCAUCACACCUGCACUACAACAAAAGGUUUCAGAGGACAGUGGAGCGAUGCAGGAGCUGCAGCUGCUGGUGCAGAGCCUGACCAAAAAGGUGGGAGAAUCCGAGGAGCGCUACAGUUUGCUGCAGGAGCAGGCAGACAGCCUCAAAGAGCUGCUGGUCACAGAGAAGGAGCAGUACAGUCAGAAGGAGAGCAUGUACAAACAGAACAUCCAGACAUUCAAAGACAUCAUUAUUCAGAAAGAUAACCAGCUGUUGGAGAUCAACCAGAUGCACGAACAGGAGCUCUUCAAGUUAGCAGCAAAGUCUGAUGCCAGUGCAGACUUAGAGCAGCUUCUGAAGGCUCUGAAACAGAAGCUGCAUGAGAAGGAGGAGGUGCUGCUGGGUAAAACCCAGGUCAUCGAUGUUCUCCAGGGAGAGGUGGAUGGCAGGGACCAACAGAUAAAGGAGCUUACAGAGCGGCUGCGUCGCCUACAAGUGGAGCGAGAGAGCCUGGAGUCCAAGAUGGAGGCAGAGAAGCAUGUGAUGCGAGCACAACUUCGCGACCUGAUGGAAAAGCAGCGGGCGGAGGUGCAGCGAAUGACUGAGCAGCAUCAGGCACAGAUGGCCCAAACGCAGCAGGAUCUCCUGGGGCAGCUGGAGGAGCUGAGGAGGGCCUCAGUCGCAGCACCACCUGCCAGUCAGGAGGCCUCGGCAAGUGGAAACGUGCCAGUGGAUUCAGCCUCCAUCCAAAGGAUAGCUGACCUGGAAGCAAAAGCAAAGAAAAAAACGGAUGAAGCCAGCAGAUCAGAGGCCAAGUUCCUGAAAAUGAAAGCCUGGUCUAAAUCUCGGAUCAGACAGUUGGAGGAGGAGUUGAAGAAGAGCCAGGCUGGAGGUGCCCCCCCAGACCUGACUGCCCUGCGGACUCGUAUCACAGCACUGGAGGAGGAGAGAGAGGAGAACCUCUGGAAAGUGGAACAAUAUGAGGAGCUCAAAGCAAAGAACGACAUGCUGGAGGCUAAGCUGGUGGUAUAUGAGGAGCAACAGAGGACACUACAAGCAGACCUGGAGCAGUUCACCAAGAGGGCUGCCUCUCAGGCCAGUGAGUCGGGCAGCGCCGACGACACUCAGAGCCAGGUGCUGGAGUGGCAGGAGAUGGUGGCCGAGGCGGUCAGUGCCAAGGACCGGGCCAAAGAGGAGAAGGCUGCCAUGGUCCUCCGCAUCAGCCACAUGGAGGAAGAACGAGAGGAACUGAUUGAGGAUGACUGGUUCUUUCCUGGCUGCUCCGAUCCAGCACUGGCCACUCGGCAGCAGGAGUUGGAGGAGGAGCUGGCUCAAUCUCGGGGGCUCGGCCAACACAGGGCCAAGAAGCUGACAGCUCCAGCCCAGCGAAGCCUGCAGGAGGACUUUGAAUUUGAUGGGCAGGCCCAAUUCCAGGACCCACGGAGCACCUCUGAGAGCACCACCCCGAUGGAGGGAGAGAACAUGGGAGGUUGGUGGCCCGAGUACAGUACUCCUGACACAGAUGGCUUGCGGUCCGUUGUGGAGGAGUUGGAGCUGGAAAGGAACCAACUGCAGGAGCAGAUACUGAGCCUGGAGGAGCGCUGUCAAGAUCUGGAGGAUCGACUGCAGUUGCAGGCCCGCAUAGAGACAUUACAGAAUGAGUCAGAGAAACUACAGAGCCAACUUGCCAGCGUCCGAAGUCAACAGGCCAGGGAUGCAGAGAAGCAUCAGCUGCUGGUUAGCAGUCUUAACGAACAGCUCAAAGGGCUGAGUAACACACAGGAGUGCUUGGAAAGCUCACUCAUCGAGAAGGAGAAUACGUUGGCCAAGACGUCUGAGAAACUUGAGCUCAUCAACAGCCUCCGAGAGUCUUUGAGUGAAAAAGAAAUUCAGUACAAAGAGGUGUCCGACAAGCUCCUUCAGACCGAGCACACUCUUGAGACUGUUUCCAAGAAAUGCAGUAGCUCAGAGAAACAGUGCUCUAAUUUGAAAACCGAAGUUGUCGACCUCACACAGAAGCUGAGUGUGCUGAAGGAGAAGACACAAAAGCAGGAAGUCACCAUAGAAACUUUACAAACUGAACUCGAUCAGACAAACGAAGAGCUGGACAAACUAAACACAGCUUACCUGGAGGAACGAGCCCAACUCAUUCAUGACCUUCAAAGCUGUGAGAGGGAAAUUGAUAGUCUGAAAGAUACCCUAUUGGAAAAGGACAAAGAGAUAUCAACCCUUUCCAGUAACGUGGCGGAAUAUGCUGAACAGGUCACAGUGCUGAAGCAGGAGCUCAAACUCAAAGAAGAGAACCUGGUUCAUGUAGAAAAUGCGCUGAGUAAGGCUGAGCGGGAGGCCAUGAUUAUCCGAGAGUCACAGAAUUCAGACCAGCAAACCCUGGAUAGCAAGAUCGCAGAGCUAGUCGGGAACCUCAAGGAUACUGAGAUGGAGUUGGUCAAGGCCAAAGAGGAAAGAGAGUCUAAAAUGGCUGAGGUGGAACUUCUGAUAAAGCAGACUGAAGAAGACAAGAAAACUAUUCAGGACCUUCGAGGGCAAGUCCAGAAACAGAUUGUGAACCACCGUAAUCAUCUGUCUGAAUGUGAAUCACACAUCACUUCCCUAAAGGAACAGCUGACUUUAUCCAACCAAAAGCUCCAAGAGACAGAAGGACUUGUUGUCCAGCUCAAGGACAAAAAUACAAGUAAUGAGCAACUACAGCAACAACUUAAUGAUAAAGAACAGACAUAUGAAAAAGAGCUAAAAUCAUUUAAGGAUGAACAGAAUAAACUUCUGGCACAGGUGGAAAAAUACAAUAAUGAAAUGCAGACGUUGUCCAAACAAUUAGAAGGGCAAGUACAGAGUGAGGAGCACAUCAAAAAGGAGAUGAUAGAGAAACUAGAAACCAUUGCGUCACUGGAAAACCAACUGAAGGCAACUGAUAAACAGGCCGAGGACGAGAGGCAGAAAUUCAACACUGAAUUGAAAGUCCGGGAUUCAGAAAAUGAGAAGUUGAGCAAUGAACUUCAAAGCAAAUCUGAAAACAUCUCCAAACUCAAGGGCCUAUUAAAAGGCAUGAAGACUGAGAAAAAGCAUCUGCAAGAAAAACUUGAAGGACUGACUAAGGAGCUUGAGCUUCAGACGCAGAAUGUAUAUCAACUUAGUGAAAAGGUUGCUUCUGCUCUUGAACUUAACAGCAGUCUUGAGAGUCAAGUACAUCGCCUUACAGAAGAGAAAGAGAGACUUGAACUAGAACUUACUGAAAGUGUAAAAACUAUUUCAGAAGUUACAGCUGAAAAGGAAUCAUUGCAAGCCAACGUAUCCAUGUUUGAAACGCAGCAUUCACAAAACAACACAAUAAUUGAAGGGCUACAAAAAGAUAAAGAGGAACUGACUGUUCGUACUAAUGAGUUAAAUAGAGUUCUUGAGCAAAGCACACACUCAAACUCAGAGAUUCUGCUGGAAAAAACAAAUGAAUGUAGUAAACUCAACCAGUUACUCAGGGAAAGGGAGGAGAACGUGACACAACUGCAAGAACAAGUGCAAACCUUGACUUCUAAGGCAGACCAGCUCCAGCAUGACGUGGCAGAAAAAGAGCAGACUGUAAAUGAUCUUCGAGGACAACUAGAGGCCCAACAAAACCAGCAAACGCAACUUCAGGAAACAAUAUCUCUGCUUCGAGAACAGGAAUGCAGUCUGAAGUCUGGCUUAAUGGAGAAGGAUACAGUGUUGAAAGAAAAUCACAGUUUGCAAAAUGAAGUCACACAGCAGAAAAAUGUUGUAUCUAAGCUACAAGAAGAAACUGCAUCACUUAAUGGAGAAUGCUCACAACUGCGCCAGCAAAUUAAAGAGAGAGAGGAAAAGUUGAAAAUUUUGAAACAGCAGUGUCAAAAACACAAAGACAAACUGAAUGAUACAAACAAGACUGUUAAGUCUCUGAGUGACCAAAUAACUGUCAUGGAAGAAAAUGCCAGAAAGCUUGAGUCUGAAGCAGAGGUGAGGCAAACAGAGUUAGCUAACCUAAACAGCCACAUCCAGGCAGUGACUCAAGAAAACCACCAACUUCGUACUGCCUGUGAAACCAGAGAAAAGCAGCUUGCUCAGCAAACACAGGUUCUGUCUGAUCUCGAUGGACAGCUUAAAGCGACUCUUGAACAGAACUCCAGUUUUAAUGUUAAGAUUAGCAUCCUAACAGAAAAUAAUCAGAAACUACAAGAGGAGUUAGCACAGAACAUCAAAUCAGCUUCUGAACUAAACUCUCGGCUUGAAAUUCAAAUCUCAGAGAAUCAGAAAAUAAUUGACGGCCUGUUAAAGGAAAAGGAGACGCUUACUAUUGCAGCAGAUGAAUUAAAAAGAAUCCUCAAUGAAAGCGAACUGUCAAACUCUGCGGGUUUGCUUGAGAAAACAAGUGAAUGUGCCAAUCUAUCAAAAACAUUAUCAGAGAGAGAAGAACAACUUCAAAGUCUACGAGAGCAAGUUGAUGGCUUACAAAAGCAAGUUGGUCAACUCAGCAAGUCCUUGAAUGAGAAUAAGCAAACAGUGUCAGAACAGAGUUCACAGUUGGAAGCUCAGCAGAACCAACUGCUGCAACUUCAGGAUACAGUAUCCAUGCUUCAGGAACAAGGAUCUGUCCUCAAGUCAGGGCUAAUGGAGAAAGACACGAUGUUUCAGCAGAAAGCAGAAGAAUGUAGCAUGUAUCAGAAUGAAGUCAUGCAACAGAAAACCCUCCUAUCACAGAUGCAGGGUGAGGUAGAGUCACUCAGACAAAAGUGCUUGGAGGCCAAACAGCAGAUAGAGCAAAAAGAACAGACAUUAAAAGAAGUAACAAAUGAGCUUCAAAACCACAAAGAUGAGCUGAAUAAACGAAGCGAAUCAGUGAUUUCACUCAGCAGUCAGCUUGGUGCGAUGAAUGAGAAUGCCGCAGAAAUGGAGGUUGAAAUUACCAACCUAAAGACGGCUGUGCAAAAACUCACGGCAGAAAACUCUCAGCUGACACAGGAGGAGGACCAGAGGAAAGCAGAGAUAAUUGAUUUUAAAGACAACAUUCAAGCACUCAACGAGCAGAAUACAAAAUUAAAAUCUGAAUUUCAGAAAACGAUUACAGAGCUGUCAAAAGCACACGAAGAAGUCACAUUUCUCAAAACAGCAUGCAUAGAGAAGGAUAGCCUCCAUUCGAUUGUGCAAAGAAAAGAUGAAUGCCUGCAACAGCAUGAGACUUUGAUUGAGCAGCUCAACAGUAGGAUUGCUGCACAGGAGGAGCAGCUGAAACAGAAAACAGAUGACAAUGUCAGUUUAAGUGCCAAAGUUUCAGAGCUUGAAGAUUCUGUCUGUAAACUCCGAGGUCAAGUUGACAGUCUUACUUCAGAGUCAUCUGUACUGAAAAGUACUUUGGUGAAAAAAGAACAGUCAAGUCUUGAAUAUAAAAGUCAAUCUUCCACUGCUGUUGAAAACCUCAAUUCAAAUCUACAAGCCAAAGAGGCCGAGUGUGAGAGCUUGAAAGAGCAGAUUUCACACCUUGAAGAAUCAGUCACCAAGCUCAACAACACCCUCCAAGUACAGAUAUCUGAAGUGGAAAAUCUGAAAAGGGCCUUGGAUGAAAAAGAUGCAGCUCUUUUGGACCAAUCGAAGUCUCUUCAGGAUAUUCAAAGAAGAGCAGAUGAGGCUUUCCUCUUCAAAACUCAGUUCAUGGAAAGCACAGAGUUGGUGUCACAGCUUCAGAGUCAAAUUCAGUUACUGUCCAGUGAGUCUGAAAACCUCAAAAAGUCAGCCGAAGAAACACAAAGUGCCUUUAAUAAUCUACAGGAGAAAUAUGCAACUAACUUAGAGGAGUUGCAAGAUACAAGAAAGCAACUGUCUCAAAGGACUGAUGAGAUGUCAAACCUUCGGAGGUUAUUGGAUGAUACCAAUAACGAACAUCAGACAGCAAAGACCACUAUAGAAACACUGAGAAAUGAGUUAUCAGUGAUCCAUCACAAACUUGAGAAAACAGAAGACUUAAACUCCAGUCUUUCAAAGGAAAAAGAGGAAGCUUUUGCUUCUCAUCAAGCAAGCGUGUCACUGCUGACUGUUGAAAUAGAAAGACUGAAAUCACAACAUCUUCAAGUUGUGGCACAGAUGAAUGCACUGACAGAAAACCUUGAGCAGAGAGAAAUGGCUCUCCAUGCAAUUAACAGUCAAUUCACGUCGCAGGCCAAACACGCGUCUCAGCUGGUUUCGGAAAUGCAGAGACUAGAAGAGCAGAAUAAGAGGCUAAAUGAGGAGAUUAGUUUGUCAAAGGAAGAGCACCAGAAGCUUCUUAGUGCAGUCAGUAAUGAAAACACACAUUUGCAAGAGGAAGUUAGAAAAGUUUUUGCAGAGAAGGAAGAGCUGGAAAGGAGACAUCAUCAAAUAUGGGCAUCGCAGGGGGAGCUGCAGAUUCAAAUGAAGCAGCAGUCCAGCAGCAUGAACGAAACAGCGGAGAAAAUGAUGUCCGAGAAGGAGAGCCUUCAAGCAAAGGAGACGAAGCAGAGGAUGCAAACUGACGGAGUGUCACCUGAAGGAGAAAUCAGCAGCUACCAGAAAGAACCAGCAGAUCUGAGGUCUGACACAGAGAGGAAGGACCCGCUGCCAGUCAAGGAGACGGUCGUCCUGGCAGGUCAGAGUGGAGCGGACGAGGUGGUGAGUCGGUUGGAGGCAGAGAGGUACCAGCUCCACAGAGACCUGCAGCGCUGCAUGUAUGAGAUGCAGCAACGAGACCAGUACUUCCAGCAGCUCAACUCUAAGUUGCAGCAGGUAGUGGAGGAGAAAGGCACUGUUGCUGCUCAGCUGAGGGCCGUUUCCCAAACCCUGAGGGACACCCAGAACCGCUGCGACUGGCUGGAAGGCCAGGUGCAAGGCCAGGCUCAGGGGUCAGUAUAUGCUGAGGUUGCACCUGGAGCCCCCCAGGAGAGGACCAACAACUCCAUGACUGCUGAAACUGCUGAAGCCGCUCAGCUCCAAGAAAGGCUGCUCGAGGUGGAGCAGAGUCUGGCCGAUGAGAGAGCCAGGAGAGAGACAGCUGAGGAGGCUCUGCGUCUCUCUGAGGACAGAGCAAAGAGCGUUGGUUCCAGCGCGUCCAGAGACGGUCAGAGAGACUUCAGUAUCGAGAUGGAAACAGAGGAAGAGUGGGAAGCUCUCAGUCUCAACCCGAACCAGCCUUUAAUAACACGGAAGGUGAAAGGCGGCAUGGUGGCGUGCCGACGGUGGAUCAGAGGGCGGAGCCUCUACUUCUCCAGGCUGUUGACGAGCCGCGCCCGCUCUCGAUAUUUCUUUCUGGCCUACCUGCUCACAAUACACGUGCUCGUCCUCAUGUGCCUCACUGGUGCCCUGUAAGAAGGUCACACUGGGAAAUUCCAGCAUUUUUUAUAUUCCAUCUGUGUUUAAAGCUUGGGAAAACACUAAAGCCGGCACACGUACAGCCGUUCACAGGUCCCACCUGUCCUCCUUAAUGUCGCGUUACGUCACCUUACCUGCUCAGUCGAUGACAUCACGCUCUGCUAGAUGGACGGAUAGCAACGACGGCGAGGUGGCUGACGCAAUCCUCUGCUAGUUGUAAUGUCCUUUUUAUUUAUCUGUGGUUUUGCGAGACUGAACACAGUGAGGUUAUUAACUACAACUGAGAGUUUUUUAUUUAAAUGUUGUAAUGUAAAUCAAGCCUUAAAGCACGAGUCUCCCCUUCUUUCCUCCAGAAGCAGACCCUUCCUUAGUCCCGCCCCCUUUUUGCUCUGCGCCCCAAUCACAGUUGUGCAAGCAUCGAUCAGCUUCCUCCUUUCCUGUACUUAGAUAUGCUAUAUGCUAGGCUAAUGUAUGUUGAAAAGACAACCACAUUUUGAAGAUGGUUAAAAGAUAAAAGUGACAUAUAGUGACAUAGUCACUAGCUAACUAAUCUACACGAAUCGUUAGUUAGCUACUUACAUCUGUUAGCUAAACAGAAGCUAUUAGCAAGCUAACAAUUGAUGUAAAUUAGCUAGCUAGCAUUUUUCUAACAUUAGCUAACUUAAGAUGUGGCUAUAUACUUUAUAUGUGGCGUUUAUCUUUUAACCAUCUUCAAAGUGUGGUUAUUUUUUCAGCAUAGAUUAGCCUAGCAUAUAGCAUAUCUAUCAGUACAGGAAAGGAGGAAGUUGACGAGGUUCCCAAAGGGGCGGGACUUAGGAAGGAUCCGUUAUUUAAGCGUGUUGCCUACAGUUUGUCUUGGAGACGAGGAAAGUCCUCCAGUCGGUGGAGUUUCAGAAUGAACUCCUACGUUAAAGCCUAAGAAGGUGCAGAAAGCCAUAUCCACUCUGGGUUGACACUACCGUAUAAGUCUUGUUUUCACUCUUCACCUUGUUUCCCCGAGCUGGGAACAAACAUGCAAACAUCCCGUCUGUCAGUAACUGUUUGCUUUACAUGCAAAUCACAGAUAUGGGCACCAGCUGCUGCUCUCUCUCGCCUGCCUGGUUUCAUACCUUGCACAUAAUCGUGAUGCUGAGUUAAAAACUAUGCACUGAAACUCCGAAUGUGUAUAUAAUCAUCUCAUGUAAGCGCAGAAGCACUACACCCCUCCCACUCCCUCCUGUUCCCUUUAACUGUAAAGCCAAAGGUGUUUGUGUUCUCACCUUGGCCGUUUGAAUAAGUGCUCUCACGCCCGUUAAAGAUGGUGGGAGACGAUGCUUUUUAAAAAGUCUGCAGGUUCUCCGGUGUCACAGUUUGUGAAUGGACCUGAAAAGUACACACUGUAUGUAUUUAAGAUGUCUCUGUAUUUAUGUGUGCAUCCUCCUCAGAAAGUGUGCUGUACAGUAUCUAUUAUGGACUGUAUGUUUGUAUAUACACAUUUCUAUCUUCCGCCUGAUGUUUGAAGACUUGUACAUUUCUUCUUGAUUGUUUGGAGUUUGAAAAUGUGGCCGGUAAGAGACGGGUUUUCACAAAAGGAGGUCGAUUAAUAAGCCAGAAAUAUAUAUAUAUAUAUAUAUAAAAGAUGAGAUCUCUGAGAGAAAGUAGAAUAAAGUGUAACAGAUGCUUUCUGGCUCGUUAAUUGAUCUGUUUUGUAGAAAUAUAAAUGGUUGCUGAUGAGUUUGUGCUACUUUGUCCUAAUGAUCUGUACAUAAAGGUGUGAUUGACGGACAAAACGAUGAGCUGAAUCUAUUUAUGAAAAAAAGUAAACUACUGAAAAAUGUUCAGAUGGCAUAUUUUCUCUGCUGCCUCUAUUUUUAAGAGAUAGUUGACGCUGUUGGCCUUUUGAUGACAUUAAGCUUAACUUGGUGCAAUACUGUGUCCGAGGUGAACUUUUUCAGAUCCCCCUUUACCCAUCUGGAAAGAAAUUUAAUAAAGCUUAUUGAACUUUU